UCUUCCUCUUCUUGCUUCUUUGCUUCUGAUGUUCAUUUGGGAACAACGACAACUGCAGAGGGAGCAGAGAACAGACGACACAGGCACAGAGCGAGCGAGAAGGGAGUGAACAGAAGUUGUACGUCAACAGCACGCCAGAGCACUCGGAUACACACAUAAAGCACACACACACACACACGCACACACCGCGAUGGCCACGCUGGAGGAGGCCAUGGGUGCCCAGGGAGGCGACCUGGACCCGGAAGUUUACACAUGGACCACAGAGGAGAUUGAUAUGCGCGCGUCAUUCCUCGCCGACGAAACCAGGCUUGUGCACCAUGAGAUUGCCCGCAUGGAGCACGAGAACCUGAACAUGAUUGAGAAGAUCAAGGAGAACGAGGAGAAGGUCAAGCAGCACAAGCAGCUGCCGUAUCUUGUGUCGAACAUUGUCGAGCUCCUGGACCUCGAAGAGGACAAGGAGCAGGACGGGCAGUCGAUGGAUUCGGAUGCGCAGAAGAAGGGCAAGUGCGCCGUCAUCAAGACCUCCACUCGCCAGACGAUCUUCCUGCCGAAUGUCGGGCUCAUCUCCAAGGAAGGGCUCAAGCCCGGCGACCUCAUUGGGGUGAACAAAGACUCGUACCUGAUCCUCGACCGCCUGCCGCCAGAGUACGACUCGCGGGUGAAGGCGAUGGAGGUGGACGAGCGGCCCACGGAGAGCUACACGGACAUUGGUGGCCUCGACAAGCAGAUCAGAGAGUUGAUUGAGGCGGUUGUGCUGCCGAUUACGCACAAGGACAAGUACGACGCCAUCGGCAUCAAGCCGCCCAAAGGUUGCCUCAUGUACGGCCCUCCCGGAACCGGCAAGACCCUCAUGGCACGUGCGUGCGCUGCCCAGUGCAACGCCACCUUCCUCAAGCUCGCAGGCCCCCAGCUCGUGCAGAUGUUCAUUGGCGACGGAGCCAAGCUGGUGCGCGAUGCGUUUGCGCUGGCCAAGGAGAAGUCCCCCGCCAUCAUCUUCAUUGACGAGCUCGACGCCAUCGGAACAAAGCGUUACGACAGCGAGAAGGCGGGCGACCGCGAGGUGCAGCGGACGAUGCUUGAGCUGCUCAACCAACUUGACGGCUUCUCCUCCAGCGACGACAUCAAGGUGAUUGCUGCGACGAACCGCGUGGACAUUCUGGACCCUGCGCUGCUCCGCUCCGGGCGCCUCGACCGCAAGAUUGAGUUUCCCCAUCCGGACGAGGACGCCCGUGCUCGCAUCAUGCAGAUCCACUCCAGGCAGAUGAACGUCAGCCCCGACGUGAACUACCAGGAGCUUGCGCGCUGCACAGACGACUUCAACGGCGCCCAGUGCAAGGCCGUCUGCGUCGAGGCGGGCAUGAUUGCGCUGCGUCGCGAGGCGUCGCUCAUCUCGCACGAAGACUUUAUGGAGGCCAUUGUGGAGGUUGCUGCCAAGAAGAAAAAGGAUCUCCAGUACUACGCAUGAGCACGCUGCUGCUCGCACCCGCACGCGUGUGUAUUGCGGCAUUUGGCGUGCCUGCAGGCACUCGGUUGCGUGUCGCUGCUGGCGCUGUUGUUGGACCCGGCAGUGACGUGAUGCACCUUCGCAGUGCCCAAAGCUGCUGCUGUUGUGCACGUGCAAGUGUGCCUUUGUUCGUUUGCUUGUGUUUGCUGUAAUGAGCGUGUGCUGUUGUCUUUCUCUCUUCUUUGUUGAGCGUCGGUCGAGUGUUUCCUUGGUUUGUUUUGUGUUGUUGACCCAGUGAACAAGCAGCCGGCAGGGCCAACAGCGAAUGUCCCAGCCAACGGGAGCUGUAUUGCGACAAAGACACAAAUCAACCAGAACACAACAGAACACAGCAAACUGCACACUCCACAACAUCAAAACACCACCCUCCAAUAUUUCGCAC